GAGAGGGAGGAUCAGGGGGAGGAGGGGAGGAGCAGCAGGUAGGGAGGAGCAGCAGUCACGGGAGGAGGGGAGGAGGAGCAGCAGGUGGGGCCGUGGGGAGGAGUAGGUGGAGAGGAGGAUCAGAAGGAUCAGAAGGGGGAGGAGGAGCAGCAGGUGGAGGAGGAGCAAUAGGUGGAGAGGAGGAGAGGGAGGAGCGGGAGGAGCGGGAGGAGGGAAGGAGCGGGAGCGAUCCCGACUUCCGGGUAGGGCCGGGCACGCCGCGCCACGGGCAGCCCGCUCCCGCUCCCCUCCCCCGGCCCCGGCGUCUCCCUCCGCCUUUGAUCCGCAGCCCCACCCGCCACCAUGAACAGCUCGGACGAGGAGAAGCAGCUGCAGCUCCUCACCAGCCUGAAGGAGCAAGCAAUAGGAGAAUAUGAAGACCUCCGAGCGGAGAACCAGAAAACAAAGGAGAAGUGUGACAGAAUUAGGCAAGAACGAGAUGAAGCUGUUAGAAAACUGGAAGAGUUUCAGAAAAUUUCUCACAUGGUUAUCGAGGAAGUGAAUUUCAUGCAGAACCAUCUUGAGAUAGAGAAGACGUGCCGGGAGAGUGCUGAGGCCUUGGCGACAAAGCUAAAUAAAGAAAACAAAACACUGAAAAGAAUCAGCAUGUUAUACAUGGCCAAACUGGGACCGGAUGUAAUAACGGAGGAGAUUAACAUCGAUGACGAUGAUCCAGGCACCGACACCGACAGCGCCUCGGAGACCUGUCUGUCCGUUCAGUGCCAGAAGCAAAUCAAAGAGCUACGGGAUCAAAUUGUGUCUGUUCAGGAAGAGAAGAAGGUGUUGGCCAUUGAGCUGGAAAGUGUCAAGAGCACGCUCAUGGAGGUGAUGGAGGAGGUCAAUAAAGUUAAGCAAGAAAAAGCCGCUUUAAACACGGAAGUUCUGGAGCAGAGAAGAGUCUUACAGAAGUGCAGCAGAGUGUCCAUGCUGGCCGCUGAGGAGUACGAGGAGCUGCAGGAGAACCUGGAACUCGAGAAGGACCUUCGCAAGAAAGCGGAGUCUUUUGCACAGGAGAUGUUCAUUGAACAGAACAAGCUGAAGAGACAAAGCCAGCUCCUGCUGCAGAGCGCCACGCCGGACCAGCAGCUGGGGAAAGCCUUGCACGAGAAUGCGACCCUCAGCCAACAGCUGGAGGAGGAGAGGAUCCAGCAUCAGCAGAAGGUCAAGGAGCUGGAGGAGCAGCUGGAGAGCGAGGCCUUGCACAAGGAGAUGCACCACCUGAGGCAGCAGCUGGCACUCCUGGAGGAGGACAAACGUGAGCUGGAGCAGCGCUGCCAGAGCGCAGAGGAGAGGGCUCGGAACCUGAAGCACUCGGUGGAUGAACUCCAGAAGCGAGUGAACCAGUCAGAGAAUUCGGUGCCGCCCCCACCUCCUCCGCCGCCCCCUCUGCCGCCCCCACCUCCCAACCCAAUCCGCUCCCUCAUGUCCAUGAUCCGGAAGCGCUCCCACCCUGGCGGCGCCAAGAAGGAGAAGACAGCGCAGCCAGAAGCCGCCGAGGAGGUCACCGACCUGAAGCGACAGGCGGUGGAGGAGAUGAUGGACAGGAUCAAGAGGGGCGUGCACCUCAGGCCGGUUAACCAGGCCAGGCCCAAGCCUGACCCCGCUCGGGGCCCCGAGAGCGCCGUGGACGAGCUGAAGGGCAUCCUGGGGACACUUAACAAAUCCACUAGCUCGAGAAGCUUAAAAUCCCUUGGCCCUGAGAACAGUGAAACUGAGUUAGAGAGGAUUUUACGUCGCAGGAAGGUGACAGCUGAAGCAGAUAGCAGUAGUCCUCCCGGGAUAUUAGCCACCUCAGAGUCCAAAUCCAUGCCUGUGUUGGGUUCUGUAUCCAGUGUAACAAAAACAGCCUUGACCAAGAAAACUCUGGAGGCAGAAUUCAACAGCCCCCCAACACCUGAGCCAGGUGAAGGGCCCCGUAAAUUGGAAGGAUGCACGAACUCCAAGGUUACUGCCCAGCCUCCCAGUAAAGGCGAAAACAGGAGAAAAUGUGUGGGCAGUGAGAAGCAAGCUGAGCCUGUUGUAGUUUUAGACCCUGUUUCCACACAUGAACCCCAAACCAAAGACCAGGCUGCUGAAAAAGACCCGACUCAGUGCGUGGAGGAUGGAGGCGAAAUGCAACCAGCAUACAAAGAAGACAGCAGUGGAAGGACGGGAGAGGCAGACAGUUCUCACUGCUGAUCCGAAACUGGAGGCCGCAUGUCUGCGAGCCCUUCUGAGUAAGCACAGUCCCCGUGUCCCAUCCAGCUGUUGGGCAUGCCUUUGUUCUGGCCACACACCUCUUUGCUGGCUUCACUUUGUAAGUAGCAACUAUAAACAUAAGCUGUUUAGCAGAAUACAUCUUCUGGGUAGUCUUUGAUCUCUGUAGGGUUAGGAAUUCUCUCUCGCUCCAUAUGAAGUAUGACUUCCUUGAGGUGACAGAAGCCUCAGAUUGUCUUUGUAGGGACUGUGCACACCACUCACCAGAUUUAGCUGAAAUUUGAAAUGUAGAAAAUUCAAGGUGGUUGCUGGUACCUCAACAGAGACCACCAAGCCUAAAACACUCUUAAAGGCACCAUUUAACCCAAGCUGUCUACGAGCAGCCGUAACAUAGAGGGAGACUGAGGUAGGAGGAGCUCGUGCCUGGACGUUAGCUUGGGUCACAAGGCCCCAUAUAAACAAAGGUCCCCCAAAGGGCUUGUGUCUGGCCCGGUCUUCUGAGGGGGAACCACAGAGUCUGGAAGUCGGAGUGUCUCCAUCUUGGGCAGUGGCUCAGGUCUGAGCAGGGCACAGCUGACUAGUGUGGGAUAAGUGACCCCGGGUCCAAGGCUCGCAGAGGAUGCUGUCUGGUGGCUAAACAAAGAACCGACAAGGACGCCUUGGUAAACCCACAUUUUCUGUCCCACGAGGUAACUGUUUCCCACACAUCCGCUUGGCACAAGUGCCACAUUUACCCAGCUCUUAUGCAUAGUGAAGAUAAGCGACAAGCACACACCUUUUCUUUCACUUCACUGCCGUUCUCUAUCACGAGGGUCCUUUUGUUUUGUUUUGUUUUGUUUUUUAGAGGAAAUUAAGUGGAAGUUUCUAAAAAUACAGUGUUUCAGACUCCCACAGUGAAUAAACAGAAAUGUAAUCAGGGAUUUAAAAAAACUUAUGCAGGUUUUGAAAGUUGAUUGUUUCAAAAUUGGUGUUUAUUUAAAGUAAGUGGUGCUUGAGUGCUCUUUCUGUGAUGAUGACUCGGUAAUGGUAAUUUACUAUUAAAGAAGUGAAAGGCUUAGUUUUGCUAGCAUGACUCAGCAUGUAGCUGUCAGGUGCUUCACACCUGAAGGCGAAAGAAAAUGAUAGUAACAAUUGCAGUAGUUGUGUCCUAGUGCAUGUGCGCGUGCUGUAGCGUGGGCGAGGGGAGGCGGGAGGCAGGUGGGAGGCAGGCGGGAGCACUCCUGAGGCCGGGAGACAGUUCUCUGGGUUCAUGGGCUUGACUAUUUUCAUGUCCUUCAGUGCUGAUUUUAGAGUUCCCUGUCAGCUUACUCUCGGGAAAUUAAAGCGUGAUCUUUUUUUUAACCGUGCGUCUCCCUCACUGAAUAAUACUGCCGAUGCCAUGCUAACUGCAAGUGGAUUAAUUUGGAUGGUUCUGUUUAUACUGUGAUUUGAACUCUCAACACAACAUAUUAAAAGAGACACGCAACAGUUUCUUA